GUCGUGGCCGAACAGAGGCAACCAAGCAAGCUCUCGAUCGCGUCGGGACUAGCCGGCCGGCCUGCAGCUAGCGACCUCCCCAUCCAUCGUCCGAGUCGGCCGUCGCCGAUGACGGCCGGGACGGCGGCGGCGGUGAGGGUGCUGGGCGGGGAGGUGAGCCCGUUCACGGCGCGGGCGCGGCUGGCGCUGGAGCUGCGGGGCGUGGCGCACGAGCUCCUGGACGAGCCGCUCGGGCCCGCCAAGAGCGCCAGGCUCCUCGCCGCCAACCCCGUCUACGGCAAGAUCCCCGUCCUGCUCCUCCCCGACGGCCGCGCCAUCUGCGAGUCCGCCGUCAUCGUCCAGUACGUCGAAGACGUCGCGCGGGCCACCAGCUGCGGUGGCGGCGCCGACGGCGAGGACUGCCCCCUCCUGCCGGAGGACCCCUACGAGCGCGCCAUGCACCGCUUCUGGACCGCCUACAUCGACGACAAGUUUUGGCCGGCGCUGGACGCCGUCUCCCUGGGCCCGACCCCGGCCGCCCGCGCGCAGGCGGCCGCCGACACCCGCGCGGCGCUGCGGCUCCUGGAGGAGGCGUUCAGGGACCGCAGCGGCGGCGCGGCUUUCUUCUCCGGGCGCGACGCGGCGCCGGGGCUCCUGGACCUGGCGCUCGGCUGCUUCCUGCCGGCGCUCAGGGCCUGCGAGCGCCUCCACGGGCUCUCCCUCAUCGACGCGUCCGCCACGCCGCUGCUGGACGGGUGGAGCCGCCGCUUCGCCGCGCACCCCGCCGCCAGGCGCGUCCUGCCGGACACGGACAAGGUGCUGCGCUUCACGAGGUUCCUCCAGGCAAAGUUCGGGGUCGAUAUUGAUGUCUCCAAAUGAUAUUGUCUGUCUGUGUUUGUGUAACACCUCUCUGCUUGUUUGAUUUUCUCUCUGUCGUAUCUGUGCGCGCACUUUGUUCUGCUACCUUCGCUGCAAAUAAUAAACUUGUCGAUGCAUAUAUUUACAGAUU